AUGAACGGAAUUAGCAAUUUCAAAAAGAACAAACCACUUCGUCGAUAUCUGAAACUAAGGCGUUUGAAAGUCGCAAUGAAAGAGGAAAUUCAGAAAAUGAAGAGUCUCCUUGAAAUGCAGAUGCAGCAGCUUCGCCAGGAAACUAUGGAUCAGAUGAAGAAGAUGAGGGAAGAGCAUAGCCUCGAGCUCCAGAAGGUGCAGCAGGCUUGGUCCAGGGAGAAAGAUGAGCUGUUUCUGCUGUUUCGCAGAUGGAAGAACAUAGAGAAUCAUCGGAAAGAGAAGCUGAGAAGAGUAGAUACACCAGUAUUUCAGGAAGAUUCUAAGACAUGUAGUCCCGAACCUGCCAAAGAUGGAGCUAACGCAGAUACAGAGCAGAAUGAAGAUCAAGACCCUGAUGGCGAGUCUGAUGAAUGUAACAAUCACAGUCAAUUGCUCUGCGACCCUGAGGAUGCUCAAGACUGGACUCACUUCCUAGAUGGCUACGUUGUGGAGUCAUUGCUGUCUCAAGGAGGACAUGUGGAAGUAUAUGCAGCUAGGCGAAAAUGUGACAAUUUACCGGUAGCCAUUAAAAUCAUGAGUAGGGACUCGGUCAUGGAGUGGAUUCAAUAUCCUGGUGAACGGCAGGGCAUCCCCUUGGAAAUUGCCCUGAUGAAGAUGGUAUGCAGGCCCCCAAAUUUCUCCGGUGUCAUCCAGCUCCUGGACUGGUGCACGGACCCCUAUGAUGUGCUCCUCAUUCUCGAACGGCCUGAGCCAUGCAUGGAGUUGCAUUACUUUGUCGUUGAACGUGAGGAAUACCUGGAGGAGCCACUUGCUCGAGAUAUCUUUCAACAAAUUGUGGAAGCUGUACAGCAUUGCCAUUCCAGAGGGGUCUUUCACAGAGACGUGAAGAUGAACAAUAUUUUGAUUCAGAUUCCAAAUCAUCAAAUAAAACUAAUUGAUUUUGACUGUGGGGCUCAUCUGCAUGGAGGAGAUUAUUCUAGUUUUAGGGGUACGAGCAAAUACGCACCUCCAGAGUGGUUCACGAAGAAGCGCUACCAAGCUGUGCCUGCCACAGCCUGGUCUCUUGGCAUUGUGCUGUAUGGUCUGGUCUGUGCUACUUUGCCUUUUCAUAACAGAGAGGAGACCAUAAAUGGGAAAGUGUCAUUCUCUCGUAAUAUCUCCUUAGAAUGCCGGGAUCUGAUUCUGCGCUGCCUCUCCCUCUCACCCAGUGAUAGACCCUCGCCAGAGGACAUUCUCAAGCAUUCCUGGAUGACUACUUAA